AUGGGGCUGAUUCUGUGGACCCUCAUCGUCGCCUUCGCCAUUCUCUGCGUCGUAUGGCUAAAACAAAUGUUUAAUCGACCAAGGCUACCCCUCCCACCGGGUCCCAAGGGUCUCCCUGUGAUAGGCAAUUUGCUCGACCUUGCUAACGAAAAAGUCUAUGUCAAGGCCCGCGACUGGGCUCGAGAGUUUGGUGAUGAUGUGAUCUCACUGGACGUCCUUGGGAAUACCACCAUCGUAUUGAACUCAUCAGAGGCGAUUGCUGAUAUUUUUGUUACGAGGGGUGCAAACUACUCCGAUAGGCCCGACAUGCCUAUGCUUAUUGACUUGAUGGGUUGGGACUGGACAUUUGCUCUUAUGCGCUACGGUAACCGGUGGAAGGAGGCGCGUCGUGUGUUUCACAGCAACUUCGAUGAUAUGAUCCUGGAACACCAGCACAUCCAGACGAACAUCUCUCAUGAACUUCUCAGAAAUCUCCUGCGCAACCCUUCAAAGUACCUUGAUCAUCUCAAGCACUAUACGGCUUCCAUCAUCAUGAAGAGAGUAUACGGUCAUGAUGUUGUUGACGGCGACGAUCACUACGUCCGUCUCAAUGAGGAGGCAUCCUUGAGCACUUCAAUAGCUGCUGCUCCUGGUGCUUUCCUUGUAGACUUGUUCCCCUCGCUCAAACACAUCCCUGAAUGGUUCCCCGGCGCCAGCUUCAAGAAAAAGGCGCGCGAGUGGCGAAAGCUUUCUGAGGCGAUGAUCAACGAGCCAUACGAAAUGGUUAAGGAGAAAGUGAAUAAAGGCAACGCCGAGCCGUGCUUCGUUACAUCCGGUCUGGAGGAGCAGCACAACACGACCGGCGAUGACGCGCUUAGUGAAGAACUCAUCAAGAUCACGGCAGCAGUCGUAUAUGCCGCCGGACAAGACUCUAACGUAGCCACGCUCACAACCUUCUUUCUGGCUAUGACGCUCUACCCCGAGGCACAGAAGCGCGCGCAGGCAGAGAUUGACGCUGUCAUAGGGAGCGAGCGCCUCCCCACAUUCGUCGACAAGGAUCAAUUACCUUAUGUCCAUGCGGUCAUACAGGAGGUCCUUCGUUGGAUACCUGUGUUCCCUCUGGCUGUUCCCCAUCGUGCUACAAACGCGGAUCAGUAUAAAGGCUACCAUAUUCCUGCAGGCGCAACGAUCUUGGGCAACUCAUGGGCGAUACUGCACAACGAGGAGCAGUAUCCUGACCCCGAAGCGUUUAAGCCUGAAAGGUACAUCGACCAUCCAGAGGUUCCCGACCCAAUCGAGAUCGGCGCCUUCGGUUACGGGAGACGGUCUUGUGCGGGCAAGGACAUGGCACUCGACACCGUGUGGAUUGCCAUCGCUUCUGUGCUCAGCGUCUACGACAUUUCCAAAGCCGUUGACGACCACGGAAAUCCAAUCACACCUGCGGUCGAAUUGGCACCUGGAACUAUCAGUCAUCCUGCGCCGUUCGAAUGCGUGAUCAAGCCAAGAUCGCAGGCCGCUCUCGCUUUGAUCCAGCAACGGUAUGAUUGA